AUGUCUGGGCGACCGACAACCCCGGCCUCACCUAAGAACAUCAAGGUGAAGUCUCCGGUCCCCGGAUCACCAAUGUUCGGUUGUGAGCAUGUACAACUCCUUCUCAGCAAGAACCAAGAGGUCAUGAACAGCUCGAUCACGCACUACAAGUUGAUCCUCCGCAACAUCUUCGAUGCGACACCCAUCGUCCCCCAAACCUCAACACAAGAGGGCCGACCAGUUACAACCCUUACCUCGAACUACCUCUGCCUACAAUGUCCCAUGACCGUGUCCGAGGAAGAUCGAUUGAAACAUGGAACCAAGAAACAGCACCGAUUCUAUGUUGACUCUCGGAGCGGUUGCCUGUACUGUCAGAUGUGCGACGAUUUUGUCUGGGACCCGACUCUCGAGGAGCUUCGGGUGAGAAAGAUAGGGACUGGCUCUUUUUCUGGUCGCAAGAGAAAACACAAUGAGCUCUUCUCAGACUCUAUGAAGGAUGACCCUCGGUAUAUUACUAACAAUACUACGACCGCCUCCUGUCGUGCAAACGGCCUGCGCGGCAUCUACAACGCCGGUGCGACCUGCUAUCAGAACGUUGUUCUCCAAAGCUUCUUGCACAACCCAUUACUCAGGAACUUUUACUUAAGCGAUGGUCACCAGAGCAAUGAUUGCAAUGUCUCUCACUGCCUGAGCUGUGCAAUGGACGAUAUGUUCCAAGAUUUUUACGCCCUGGAGAACACCAACGGUUAUACUGCUGCCAAUAUCUUGUCAGGUUUCUGGAUCUCCGAGAAGAAGGCAUUCGAGAAUCUUGUUACCACCAAAGAACAAGACGCUCAUGAGUUCUUCCAGUUCUUGGCUGAAGAGCUUCAUGAACGGAAUGGCGAUGGCAAGAAGCCGGAAAUCGGCAGCGAACAUAGCUGCAAUUGUAUCAUGCAUCAGACAUUUUACGGCAAGAUGCAGACUACGACGACAUGCCAGAAUUGCUCAGGCCAGAGUAAUUCCAUCCAGUCGUUCCUUGAUCUAAGUCUAGGUCUCGAAAAUGUUGUCCAGAAGAAGAGCAAGAGGACUGGUCAGAAGAAGCCUUCUCUAACCUUGCAGGAUUGCUUAGACGAAGAAUACAUCAAGUAUGACAAGUGCGAGUAUCGGUGCAACAACUGCAACGGGACUCAACAAGCCAAACGACAUACCAGCAUUAAGCGGCUGCCAAACGUUCUGUCGAUACAGCUUAAGCGCUUUGAGUACAAACAUGGCCGCCACGAUCGUGCCGCGUCAAAAGUCGACAAUGAAGUCAAAUUCCCUCUUCAGCUCAACAUGUUACCGUAUACCAAUCGCGUUCGCAACCACGAGAGUCGAGAGAGCCUUGAGCUGGAGCGAUCAUGCACCUAUGACCUCCUUAGUGUUGUGGUUCAUGUGGGUGAGAUCGACACUGGCCAUUAUACAUCAUUUUGUCGGGUCGGCGACCAGUGGUUCAAGUUUAAUGAUCACAAAGUCGAGUUGGCGAGCUUGUCUGAUGUCCUUGGGGCACAGGCUUAUCUCCUUUUCUACAUCAUUCGCUCGCUAGCCUAG